GUUACUUGCUGGUGUGCAGAAUGGAUUGUCGUUCCUGGUUCGCGGCGUUUGGUCAGGGCAGAGUAAGUUUCUUCUACGACUCUAAGUGGCCAUGGCUCCCACCGUGCAACUCAAUGAAGCAGUUUCCGACGUCCGGAAAGGGAUCCGGGCUAUACUUCUUGGGCCCCCCGGUGCAGGCAAAGGGACGCAGGCCCCCCGUCUGGCAGAGCGAUACUGUGUCUGUCACCUGGCAACAGGUGACAUGCUGAGAGCCAUGGUGGCGUCUGGCUCUGAGCUUGGCCAGAGGCUAAAGAAGACCAUGGACGAAGGAAAACUGGUCGGUGACGAGAUGGUCGUGGAGCUCAUUGAGAAAAACCUGGAGACUCCUCCCUGCAAAAACGGAUUUUUGCUGGACGGCUUCCCCCGUACGGUCAAGCAAGCAGAGAUGCUGGAUGAGCUGCUGGAGAAGCGGGCGGAGAUGCUGGACUCCGUGAUUGAGUUCGCUGUGGACGAUUCGCUGCUCGUGCGCAGGAUCUGUGGAAGGCUAAUUCAUCAGGCGAGUGGCAGGUCGUACCACGAGGAGUUCAACCCUCCAAAAGUGCCAAUGAAAGAUGAUGUGACGGGCGAGCCACUGAUCCGCCGCAGUGACGAUAACGAGGUCACACUGCGCUCGCGGCUGGAGGCAUACCACAAGCAGACGGCACUGGUGGUGCAGUACUACAGUGGCCGGGGGCUGCACCACGCUGUGGACGCUUCCCAGCCCCCGGACGUCGUCUUUGCCUCCAUCCUCGCCACCUUCUCAGCUGCUACCUGUAAAGACUUGGUGCUCUUCAUAUAGCUCCUCCUCCUGCUUCUUUUCCCUCUUUGAUCUCCUCUCUCCCUCUGAUUGGUCAUUACUGCUUCCCGAACUGGGACCUAACAGUGUGUGGUUGGUUGCCGUUUUUCCCCGCCCUCUUUGGAGUUUCGUGGGACACCCUCAUGUCAUCCUGCAUGGGAUCACCCGUGUGAUUUUGCUUUCAGAAUGAGAAACCAAAUCAAAAUCCACGCAGACAAACAUGACCGGUCUGGCAUCCUGUAGAUAUGGCUGUUUGUGAUGUGGUACAUUCAGAGACAUGACUUCACUGACGUUUGUGAAACGUUGAUAGUUCAUUGGUGUGUUGAGCAAUGGCAGAAUUCAAAAUUAUGGUAUCUUCAAAUUAAAAGCUUUUCAGUGUAGAGAACCCCUGUAGAAAUGUAUUUAUUUAAAGCUUAAAUUCAACUGGUUUAAUCUUUUAACUCUGUAAAUCAGAUUGCAUGUAUUCCCUUUAUCGAUUUCUGUUUCUCUGUCCCUUUGUUUAGUCUUCAACUACUUUUUGCUUAUAGUCACUGUAACGGAAUUCAGCCAACAGUUACCUACUCAUGUUGCAGUUGGCUUAUUUUUUAAAUUGACACAUGGCUUUUCCCCUUCAUUUCAGCUGUUUGAAUCCCAGUUUUCCACGCUCAGUUCAAUCCUGGACUCUGGAGAAGGGAGAAAGCGGGGUGGAGGGUGAUGCGGGGGUGGCCGUACUAUUUACUUCUGCUGGCACUAUGGAAAAAGCAAAUAAACAUGUCAUGAGGUGGAUUGUGUGUAUUACAAAUAAAACACAUAUUUCUUAUUAAA